UUAUUAGGGUUUUGCUUUCGGACAAAAUACCCAUUCUGAUUUCCUGACUCGAAGAACAACCACUGUGUUCGCUCUAAAAGUUCCGGCGUCGAAGAACAGACGACGACCACCGUCACGCGACGUUCCAGCAAGGCUCCGUCGCGGCGCUGAGUUACAACUCUCGUCUCAUCUCUCUGGUACGAUGCUGCUCCGUCGCGGCACAAAGGUUCCGGCGACUUCUAUUAUCCGGCAAGUCAAUACCUCUCCCCUUCAAGCUUCUCUGAACUCACUAACUAUAUAUGGUUCAACAAAGUAUAGAUUAUAGUUUUGUGAGUAUAGUCAGGACAAGCAAAAUGGACUUGCCUAAUCGUGAUAAACAACCUACUGUUGAUGUGAAGAAGACAGCAUCGAGAGAUCUGCAGAAUGAUAAUAAAAUCAUGGCGCUAACCUCUGUUGGAAGCUCUUCAGUUUUAAAGGAUAAGGAUCCUGAUACUGAUUCUAAUAGAAUUUCUGGCACGAAAAGACCCUUGUCUGACUACCCAGUGAACCAUCAUCUCCAACAGUCUCCAGGCAAUAGUACUGCAAAUGGACAUCUUGUUUAUGUCCGUAGAAAAUCAGAAGCAGAAUUGGGAAAGUGUGCUGCUUUUGAAAAUCCAACUAAUAAUGCUUUUUGUCAACCUCCAAGGCAACUUUGUAGCGAAGAAGAGACUGCUCUACCAAAACCUCAGCUAAAGGAGCCAAACGUUUCUUGUUUCCCAGCAUUUGCACCUUUUCCGUUGACUUCUUCAAUAAGCUCAUCUGGAAGGCCUUCAGUUCCUAUUUCUUGUGGAAAGUCUACCAUGAAGUUAGCACCCGUUGAGUCCAAUUGUGUGACAACUUCGUCUGGCCCUACCAUUGGUAAUCCAAAGGGAUUAAUUGAUAUGCAAUGGGAGGAGCGAUAUCAACAAUUGCAGAUGUUAUUGAGAAAAUUGGACCAAUCAGACCAAGUAGAAUAUGUCCAAAUGCUUCAAUCCUUGUCCUCAGUUGAACUUAGCAGACAUGCCGUUGAGUUAGAGAAGAGAGCAAUUCAGCUUUCACUAGAGGAAGCUAAAGAAUUACAGCGGGUUGCAGUCUUGAAUGUCUUGGGAAAAUCAGCAAAAAAAUUCAAAGCACCCGCAGAUCAUGACGAGUGUUCAGACAAGUUGAAGACAUCAUCAUGAUCUUCCUACUCUUUCAGUUGCAGUAAUUUCUCAAGCAGUGGGAACUUUGUGAUUGUUUAUUGUGCUUAGUGUUUAUCCUUAUUGUUUUAUCAUUCUCGGUUUCAUUCAGUUCAUUCAGACCAAGCUAGAGUAGAAAUAAUAUAAUUUAGGCCGAUAAUAGUAUAAUACAAGUGAGCAUGCAUUUCUCAUUGUUACUCCCUUCCCACUAUACACAUCAUCUCAUCAAUUGGUAUCAAAUCAUUCCCUAUUCAUCUCCUACAUAUUUAAUGCCUAUAAUGUCCCUUCCUGUU